AUGAGUUUACUCCACGCCCCCAGCGAAACGACGCCAUUGUCUCAGCUCUUCUCUCUGGCGGGCAAGGUCUGCCUAGUGACUGGAGGUAAUAGAGGCAUUGGCCUGGCUGUCGCUACUGGCUUCGCCGAGGCGCAGGCCGCCGGCCUUGCCAUCAUCCACUCCUGUGCGGCGACAGCAGACCUUGCCGCCACACGUGCCGCCGAGAUCCACGCAAAGUACCCGCACACGGAGGUACGGGUGUACCAAGCGGACGUGUCCAAGGCGCAAGAGAUUGAGGAUGUGACGCGGAGGGUGUUUGCAGACUUUGGCAGGCUAGAUGUAGUGGUCGCGAAUGCGGGGGUUUAUACGGAGACCCCCGCGUUGGAUAUGAAGCCCGAAGAGGCCCAAUUUGUUACGGGCGUCAAUUAUUUUGGGCCCUUGUACACAGCGCAAGCGGCUGCUAGAAUUUUCAAGGACAACGGGGGUGGAAAGAUCAUCAUGACAGCCUCAAUAAAUGGUCACAUGGUCCUUCGCCCACAGUACGAAUCAAUUUACUGCGCAACCAAAGGGGCCGUCUGUCACUUAACCCGCGCACUCGCCGCCGAGUUCGCAAAAUGGAAUAUCCAAGUCAACGCCGUGAGUCCCGGUUACAUAGACACCGAGAUGACCACGGAACUGGUAAAUAAGAACCCAGAGCUAAUAAAGACAUGGAUGAACGACUGCCCUGCGGGGAGGCUUUGCAAGGUAUGGGAAUUGAAGGGUGUCUAUGUGUUUCUGGCUAGCGGGGCUAGUUCAUAUGUGACGGGUGCAGAUUACGUCGUUGAUGGUGGGCAUACGGUCUACUGA